AAAAAAGAUAUAAUGAAAUUAUAGACCAGAUUGAGGAUGAAGCAAUACAGAAUCAGGAUGAAGCUUUGGAUAAAUCUCAACUAGGAUUAAUUAACCCACAAAACAGUAAUGAUAAUGAUAGAUUAGAUUUAUUACAAGAACAUAUUCUUACAUGUCUAGAUUUAACUAAAGCUUCACAACAAUUAAUAUUUCCUGAAGAGGAUUUAGAAUUUAAAGAAAUCAAAGAAGAAGAAAAAGAUAAAAAAGGAAAUGCUAUAAAAAUAGCAGAACAAAUAGCA